AUGAAGAGAAACCUAAAUGAAAAUUCAACCCGAAGUACAGCAGGCUGUUUGCCUGUACCUUUGUUCAAUCAGAAAAAGAGGACUAGACAGCCAUUAACUUCUAAUCCACUUAAAAAUGAUCCAGGUAUCAGUACUACUUCUGACAGUUAUGAUUUUCCUCCUUUACCAACAGAUUGGGCCUGGGAAGCAAUGAAUCCAGAGUUGCCUUCUUUAACGAAAACAGUCAACACAGGGCAAAUACCACAUUCAGUUUCUCAUCCUUUAAGAAGUCAAGAUUCUGUGCCUAAGUCUAUUCAGCCAAACACUGAAAGGAGCAAGAGUGGCUGGAGCUACAGAGAUGGCAACAAAAAUAUCAGCUUCAAAACUUGGGAUAGAAAUGAUUUUAGGCCUCAGUGCAAAAGAACAAACCUAGUGGCAAAUGAUGGAAUAAAUUCUUCUUCAAUGAGUUUGGGAGUACAACAACAGAAAGAGUUAAAAGUAUCUCAACUUCCUAACUUAUCUUACCAAAGAGAAUGUGAAGUACUCAGACCAACACAUUCCUCAAAAAUUCCUGGCUCUACAAUGAGAAGUCUAGAAAAAAACAGUGCAUUACAGGCAUUUAAGCCCAAUAUCCAACAAAAUCAAUUCAAGAAAAAAAUGUUAGGCGACAUUCCAGAGGAAAAUGCUCUCAAGGAUGCCUCAUUGUAUCAGUUAAAACUUAAGGAAAAAGAUAAUUCUUUAAGAAUUAUAUCAGCAGUUAUUGAAAGCAUGAAGUACUGGCGUGAACAUGCCCCCAAAACUGUACUUCUUUUUGAAAUAUUGGGUGUUCUCGAUUCAGCUGUUACAUCUGGACCAUAUUAUUCAAAGACUUUUCUUUUGAGAGAUGGGAAAAAUACUCAGCCUUGUGUAUUUUAUGAAAUAGAUCGUGAACUUCCAAGACUGAUUAGAGGCCGAGUUCAUAGGUGUGUUGGAAACUAUGACCAGAAAAAGAAUAUUUUCAAAUGUGUUUCUGUCAGACCAGCAUCUAUUUCUGAACAAAAAGCUUUUCAAGCAUUUGUCAAAAUUGUAGAUACUGAGAUGAGAUAUUAUACCAAUGUAAUGAAUGAAAUUUAA